AUGCCAUUGACUCCGCCUUCUUCGUCUGAAUCUGACUACUCCAGAGAACAUGAUUCCAAAGAAAACAAGAACAUUGGCAAAUGUUCCAGCAGCCCACGCAAAUUCACCCAAUUAAAAUACAAUCAUGAGUUAUACAAAUCAGAAUUAAAAAUCCACAACCAAAGUCUUGCUGAAUACGAUUAUGACAUUUAUGACAACAUGGCAGAAGCAAUUAGAAAUGCCAGACCCAAUAUAGACUUGUACAAGCAACAACCAUACUUGACUUUCCCCAUUAGACAAAAGUUGGUUGAUUUCUUGUUGAAGAUUUCCAUCAGAUUGAAAAUCCUCCCAUUUGUAUUUUACAAAGCGGUCAAGUUAUUUGAUCGUUAUUGUUCAAAAAGAAUUGUGUUGUUGGACCAAGCACAAUUAAUCAUAACUACAUGCCUUUGGAUAGCCAGCAAAGUCCAAGGAGGUAAUAACCAUUUUGUGAAUUUAAGCAACUUGGAUAAAGUAUCCACUAUUAGAACCAUUAACGAUAUAGGCUAUGGUUCCGGUGGGAAAUAUUUAGGUCCUACUGAAAGAUUCAGAUUACCUAAAUUACAUGAGUUAGUAAAGUUGUGUGGUGCUAAAUGUCUGUAUGAUGCUGGUAUGUUUAAGCAAAUGGAAGUUCAUAUUUUGAACACCUUGGAGUGGUCGUUGAAUGACCCUGCUAUUGAAGAAUUCAUUGUUGAAAGUCACGAGUUCAGUACCAUGACUCCACCUUGUGAAAUAUUCAAGGUAAAGGUAUUCCUUUCAUACGUUGCAUCAUACACACAUGAAUUAAUCGAUGUUCAUGUCGUUGAUUUGGCUCAAGUCGUUUUAGAUCUCAUAAAUGAAACUUUCAAAUUAACUCCUGAAGAUCCAAACUAUCAAACUGUUUUGAACAGCCCCACUCCAAUAGUUAUGGAAUUAGAAAAAUACAAAAAAAUCAAAAAGAGUUUGGUCAAGGCUAUUCUAGACUCAUCGGAAUACAUAUUGAAGCUUUUCAACUCAAGAGGACCACAGUUUAUGUAUCAUCAAGUU